AUGUCCAGCAGUACAUCGGACCAUAAAACAAAGGCUUCUAUAGAGUUGAAGGUCAUUGUAGUUGGAGCAGGCAUUGGAGGACUCGCGGCGGCGUAUGCUUUACGAUGUGCGGGCCACAAUGUGACGAUAGUGGACAAAAAGUUUGGAAGACCGCAGUUAAAAAGUCAGGGUGUUUCCCACUCACCUCCAAACAUGACAAAAAUUCUCUGCAAAUGGGGCAUGGAUGUUCUGAUGGAAGGAGAAGCUCAGACAUACAACUCGCUAGUGAUGCGGAAAGGGCAGCUGGGUGAUCUAAUCGGGAUUAUGCAUUUCGACAAGGAUUUCCUUCACGAUCUUUGUGCAAAUUAUAUGGUCGUCAGAGUCCAGAAGCUGGAGGACAUAUUGCUGUCCAUGAUUCGCGAGGAGGGUGUCAACGUGCUAUCAGCGACUGUGACCGACAUGCAGAGUUCCCCUGAUGACGCCACCAUCAUGCUUGACGACGGCAAGAGCAUGUCCGCCGACCUCAUGAUUUGCGCGGACGGGUACGACAGCAAGUUCAAAUCGGUCGUCACUGGCGUGGAAGACGACGAAGACCAACUCACGCCACCAAAAUCACAUUUACUCUUCUCAUGGACCUUGCCGAUGGACGUUAUCCGCCAAGAUAAAGUUCUGCAAUACAACACGGAUCCUGCACAGUGGCAAGUAUGGCAAGUUUGGAACGGACCUGGAUAUAUUUUCCACUUGAACGCUCCCGCAGGGGAGAAAUAUCUUUCGAUGACAAUGUCAGCAGACUACAAUCGAGAAAUCCACCCAGGAGACGAAGUCUGGGAAAACCGUACUCUCGAUUAUUGGGGUAUUGAUGUAAAUGCUUACGAGCCUCGGAUCAAAACAUUGCUAAGCCUCACCAAGUACGUAACUUCAAGAGCGUUGAUAUCACGGCCGCCCUUGGAGGAUCUAGUGUGUGAGAACUCAAGAAUAGCCUUGGUUGGGGAUGCUGCGCACCCAAUGCUGUUUGGAAGUAAUCAUCAUCUAGGUCUAUCAUUUGAAGAUGCAGAAACCCUCCGAUGUCUAUUUUCGCGCAUCCGGCAUCCCGAUCAGAUAUCAAACUUCUUGGCUGCAUUCGAAGAAAUACGAUUACCCCGAAAUGCUUAUUUAGUCGAAUUCGACCGCCAAUUCCAUCUGAACAUGAAAGUAGAUAAUGGGCCUCAGCGAGACCAGUUACACGCUGUACUUAGCCAGGGUAUGGCUCAUGGAGACUGGGAUCACAUGGACGAAGGAAGUUUUAGAGCGGUGUGGGGUGAGGAGCUGAACACGUACACAUACGACGCUUCGGAGCAAGUUGACGAUUGGUUUACAAAAUGGGGAACCAUGAUGUCGAAAAAUUCGGAAGAUGCAAAAGAUGCCCCCAAGACCCCAUCGUCGAUCCCAGGCCUUCACCGUGUAUCAAUCAGUCAGUUUGAUCAUCCUUGA